AUGGGUGGUGAGGAAGAGAUCAAGGAACAUUUAAAACCAAAAUCCUCUUCAUCUGAAACAACAAUGGAGAAGAAGCAGAACGUGAAAGGGAAGAGACUAUGGCAGAAAGUCAAAUACCAAUUGGUGGAGUAUCAUUCAUUGCCUGCUUACUUAAGAGACAACGAAUACAUCAUUGGCCAUUACAGAUCCGAAUGGCCAAUCAAACAAAUCCUUCUCAGCAUCUUCACCAUCCACAACGAGACCUUGAAUGUUUGGACGCACUUGAUUGGGUUUUUCCUGUUUCUUGCACUCACCAUAUACACAGCUACAAAAGUACCAGGCGGCGUUGAUCUUCACUCUCUUCAACACCGUUUACCUGACGUCUUGAGGAAAACAGAUCUCCACAAGCUUCACUCUGAGCUCAUGUCUCGUCUUCCUUCUAGUCCAUCUAGCUGGCAUGUAAUGGACCUUCUUUACAACUGUCUCCCUGAGAGAUUCUCUCAUGGCAACUACACUGACAUGUGUGUUCUGCAUUCGGUGAGGGAAGAUCUUGCAAACCUAAUAGCUCCUUUGAUCUUCAGGCCAAUCACUCGAUGGCCGUUCUACGCGUUUCUCGGCGGAGCAAUGUUCUGUUUGCUAGCGAGCAGCACUUGCCACCUCCUCUCAUGUCACUCGGAGAGAGUCUCCUACAUAAUGCUCAGGCUAGACUACGCUGGAAUCGCAGCUCUGAUCGCUACUUCCUUCUACCCUCCGGUGUACUACUCAUUCAUGUGUUAUCCUUUCUUCUGCAACCUCUACUUAGGCUUCAUAACGAUCUUGGGAAUCGCCACGGUGCUCGUCUCGCUCCUCCCGGUGUUCCAAACCCCUCAGUUUCGAGUCGUGAGGGCCUCUCUGUUUUUCGGGAUGGGAUUCUCUGGCUUGGCUCCGAUUCUUCACAAGCUGAUCAUAUUUUGGGAUCAGCCUGAAGCGCUUCACACGACCGGUUAUGAGAUCUUGAUGGGUGUGCUUUACGGUUUAGGAGCUUUGGUUUAUGCGACUAGGAUUCCGGAGCGAUGGAUGCCUGGGAAGUUUGAUAUAGCUGGACAUAGCCAUCAGCUGUUUCAUGUUCUUGUGGUUGCUGGUGCGUUUACGCAUUAUAGAGCAGGGCUUGUGUAUCUUAAGUGGAGAGACAUUGAAGGAUGCUAA